AGGUAUUUCGAAAGCUUCCUUUUCCCUUUUAUUUAGAAGACUGAGAGAUCGCUGUGAUACAUCCUCUCCUCUCAUUUCGCUACCCGUACACACUCACACUUCUCAUUUCGGUGUUCUUCACCCUGUCAUUUUUUUUUUCAGAGUAUCCGCGUGAACUGAAGAAACAUGGCGCUCCGCCGCAUCCAGAAGGAACUGAAGGACCUGGAGAAGGACCCGCCGGCGAACACCAGCGGCGGUCCGGUGAACGAGAACGAUCUGUUUAAUUGGAAGGCCACCAUCAUCGGUCCGGAGGACUCUCCGUACGCUGGUGGUCUCUUCUUCCUCAACAUUCACUUCCCGUCCGACUACCCCUUCAAGCCGCCGAAGCUGCAGUUCACCACCAAGAUUUAUCACCCGAAUAUCAACAACAACGGCGGCAUCUGCCUUGAUAUCCUGAAGGACCAAUGGUCGCCGGCGCUGACCAUCUCCAAGGUUCUGCUGUCCGUGUGCUCCCUGCUUACGGACCCUAACCCGGAUGAUCCGCUUGUGCCGGAUAUUGCGCGCCAAUACAAGACUGAUAGGGCCGCCUUCAACAAGACGGCCGCAGAGUGGACGCGCCAAUACGCCAUGUAA